AUGGCUGUGCAGUUCAAUGGCGGCAGCUGUGUUGUGGCAAGAUCAAUCUCACCGGCGGAGUCGCCGUCAUUUCCGUCUGCGUUCCGUAAGUUGACCGGCGGUAGGUUUGGUGGUUCCGGCAAGGUGCGGCUCGUGUAUGCAGUUGGCGCUGCCGGAGCGGGGAACAGCAGCAGUGAUGGAAGCAGCAAGAAGAAGAACGUGGCUAAUUCCAAUUAUGUGGUGCCUCUCGAUAAAUCGUUUUCCUUCGCCCAAUCUUCUUGUAUAACUCGCCCGCUCGCUGAGAUCUUACGUGAUCUGAACAAGAGGAUCCCGGACAACAUAAUCAAGCCUCUCCAACCUCCGACCUCCAUUCCAUGGUACCACGCCAACCGCAUGUUAAGCUUCUACGCCCCUGGGUGGUGUGGAGAAAUAAGGGAUGUUAUAUUUUCAGACAACGGUAGCGUUACUGUGGUUUACCGUGUUACCAUACGUGGAUCAGAUGGAGAGGCACACCGCGAGUCAAGUGGCACAGUGUCACCGGUUGAUGCCGACAUUGCUGAUCCUGUAGCAGCAGCAGAAGAAAUAGCUUUCUGCAGAGCUUGUGCUAGGUUUGGGCUUGGCUUGUAUCUAUACCAUGAAGAAUAG